GAGUUUAUUUGAGAAUCAAAGUUCAUUUUAAGGAUGAAUAAGCAGAAAGCACCAGGACCUCUGAACUCACAUAUCAGUGCCUUCCCUACAUGUGCAGAUCAUUCUCCCAGAUUCAUUUCAAGGGGCCCUCAGAUAUACAGCCUGGACUGCAAAGUUACAGAUGGGUGCCACAGGUUCAUCUCCCUCCUGCUGCUUCUUUAGAAGAUUCUUCAUCCUGUUGGCGUUGGGCUGUGCUGAUGGUGGCAGGCUGCUGGUGGUCCCACAGGAUGGUAGCCACUGGCUCAGCAUGCGUGUGUUGGUGGACAGGUUAGCACAAAAUGGUCACCAUAUCGUCAUGGCAAUCCCAGAAGUCAAUAUGUUUUUCAAUGAUUUAGAUAACUACAAAGUGAAAACAUUCUCUUCGCCUUACAGCAAAGACGUUUUGGAAAGCCGCGUGAGGCAUAUGAACCUAGAAAUAUUUGCAGACCGGAUUCUUACAGACAAGAUUAAGUUCUUGUAUGAAAGCGUAUCAAAUGGGACAAUGUCUGUUGUGAGUGCGUGUCAGCACUUCCUGCAGAACUCGACCCUCAUUAGGGAACUGGAGAAGGAACAUUUUGACGCUAUGCUAACUGACUCAGUUUUCCCAUGUGGUGAGAUAGUCGCUGAACACCUUUCCAUCCCUUCUGUGUCCUUCACGAGGGGGGCUGCAUUUGGGAUGGACCAAAUAGGUUCUCAAACCCCUAGUCCUCCCUCCUAUGUACCCAGGAUGUUCACUGUGUAUACAGACAAUAUGUCUUUCAGCCAGAGGGUGAAGAACUUCCUUAUCCACUCCCUGGAACAUAUCGUUUGCCAUAUUUUUUAUUAUCCAUAUGCACAGAUGGCUUCAGAUUUUUUGAAAAAAGAAGUUACUGCUAUGAGUCUUUUCAGCCGUACUUCCAUUUGGCUGAUGAGGUAUGACUUUGUCUUUGAAUUUCCCAGGCCCAUAAUGCCAAAUGUGAUUUUAAUUGGAGGCAUCAACUGUGCCAAGCAGAAGGCCCUACCCCAGGAGUUUGAGAAGUUGGUUAAAAGCUCUGGAGAACAUGGAUUUGUGGUGUUUUCCUUUGGAUCUGUGGUGUCUGAAAUUCCCAUGAAUAUAGCAAUGGAUAUAGCGGAAGCUCUGAGAUACAUUCCUCAGAAGGUUUUCUGGAGGUACACAGGGAAAGCACCUUCAAAUCUGGGAGAUAACACCCAUCUUGUAAAGUGGCUGCCGCAGAAUGAUCUGCUUGCCCAUCCCAAAGCUCGUGCCUUUAUCACUCAUGCUGGAUCACAUGGGCUCUAUGAGGGAAUUUGUAAUGCGGUCCCCAUGGUCUUGAUGCCAUUGUUUGGGGACCAGAUGGAUAAUGCAAAACGCAUUGAGUCUCGGGGAGCAGGAUUGAUUCUCAAUGUGCAGAACUUAAUCCCCGAUGACCUUAGCAAGGCAGUGAUGGCUGUUAUAGACAAUCCAAGCUACAAGGAAAACAUUCAGCGUUUGUCCUCUCUGCACCGGGACAGACCAGUCCAACCCCUGGACCUUGCUGUGCACUGGGUAGAGUUUGUUAUGAAACACAAAGGUGCCCCCCACUUGCGCCCGGCCGCUCAUGACUUGAACUGGAUUCAGUACCAGUCCCUGGAUGUUAUGGCCUUCCUACUGGUUGUACUGCUCACCACACUGUUCAUCAGCCUAAAGUGCUGCACUUUUGCAUGUCUUUGUUGCUGUAAAAGAAACACCAAGCCAAAACGUAAAACCAAGUCUGAGUAGGAUUUUUACCAUUGCCAUUUUACAGAAGUGUUUAAUGUUGGAACAUGUUUCUUGUCCUACUGCUGAUACACAAAUUUUACCACAGUGCUGAGAUGUUCAUUGGUGCCUUCUGCACUAGCACCAUGGAAUACAAUAUUGCAACCCAUUUGGGACUAUGCAAGAGAGAGUAUAACUCUAGACAUGGGAGUAUUAACAUCUCCUUUUUGAUACCUUUUGUUACAAACAGUGGCGCGAGGACUCUAAUGUUUUAGGGCUGUUUUCCAGCAUGGUAUAUUUUAUCCAACUGAAAAUUACCCAUUGACAGCAGGUGCUUGGGGUGCCAGGGGCCCACCAGAAAUCUUAGACUGUGGGUCCACUUUCAAUUUUACCUUCUCUCAAAUUCAUCAUUCUCUUAAUCAUUUCUCAGUACAUUUUAUCUAUCCUUCCUUCCAUUGUUCUCUUUGUUCUCAUGUGAAAAGGAGGAAUAACCAUGGUAUAGGCAUACAAGGCAUAUGAUUGGGUGAGCAGGAGGGCCUGAUACCUGGGCCCACCCUGAGUUUUCCUGAUAUCCUGGUUGGCCAGUCCGACACUGCCCAUUGAUCAUUUUCCACAGAAGGAAUGAGUAUUUUUUAGCUUGAAAAUUACCUUGAAACACAUUUUCCAUUCAAAUGAAGGGGGAUAAUUGAAUGCACAUUUAAUUUGCCCGAAAUACCUAGGGCUGAAAAGUGCCCUGGUGACAUUAGCUUUAGAUAACUUCACCAUUUUUAUCUUGUAGUUUUGUUACUAAAUCUCUACCUGCCCAGCAUGUUGGUUAUUAAAAUGUAUUUGGUUAAAUAGUUAAUGGUUAAUGCCAUGCAAUGUAUUAUUGAUUUUGGAAUCAAAGUUACUCAGUUGCAGUUGUGUUCAUAAAAAAAAUAGUAUCCAAAUAAAAGAAGCCUCAUCUAA